CAGUUUUUAAUCGAAAAUCAUUUUUCAUCUAACUUUUGUCGACUAGUACCAAACAAACGUAAACUGUGUUAACAAUGAACUAUUUAAUGUUCCAUCAAAGCGGUGAAGGUCAAUUUCCUAAAGUUCCCGACGGUUUGAAGCAACUUAUGUCUGACAUAUCACGUGAAGUGUUGCGUGAGCAGCCAGAAAAUAUUUAUGAAUUCGUCGCCGAUUAUUUGGAAGAAAUGACCAUAGCUAGGGAGCAUAAAGGAAUCGCCGAUAAUGUGUUGGACAUUGUCAUAGACGAUAGGCUAACGAUUUAUGAACAAUUCAAAGAGUGUGGAAUCAGUGUAGAGCAUGCUGAAACGAGCGCGAAAAUAAUCGAAAGCUACUUCAAUGAAUUCAAGCGGAACAAAGAUAGAAAGUGUGACGAUCAGGGAAAACCAAUCAAAUCCAGAGAAGUGAUUCUGGAGAGAGAUGUCUGUCGGAAAAUUAUGCAAGCCUGCAAUCUGACUCGAGAGCAGGACCAGCAACUACGGAAAAUCGUACAAAACUGUUUCAAGAAUUUCUAUUUUAGGGAGAAGGCUUACAAAUUGAAGAUGACACGUAUACCGGAUGCACAUUCGGCGAAUCGCGCUGAAAAAACACUGGACGUUUAUCGAAAAUCUGCGCCGGAGAAAUCCAAACUAGACAAAGCCGCAAUUGUAAUUCAGUCGGCCUAUAGAAGCUACUUUGUGCGAAAGAUGCCAAAAGAGAUGCAAAAGUUUCACGAAUGCGCUACCAAAAUUCAGGCCAGAUAUCGUGGAUACAUGGCUGAAAAGCAACUCCAAAGAGCGAAAGCGGCUGCAAUUAAAAUUCAAGCAAUGUACAGAGGUUACCGUACUAGGAAAUAUUUACGCAGUCAGAAAGAAUUGGAAUUGGAACCGUUCACGAUAGCAUCGGAAAUAGUCAAUGAUAUCGUAAUUGAUUCCAUUUUCGACGAGGUUGAAUCAUCAGAUGAGAUUGGAACUUCGAAAGUAACUUUCGAUGUCUCACCGGAGAAAGACAGAGCUGCUAGAACCAUACAGAAAGUCUACCGCGGUUUUCAAGAGAAAAGGGAAAGGGAUUCAACCCUAGAGACUAAAAUGGGGAAUAAAUGGAAAAUGAGCUUGAAGAAAUAUGACGAUAGCGAAAUUAAGCAGGAAAUACUCGAUAUUAUUGAAGCAUCUCAGAACUCGAUUCCCUUCGAAUGAUGUUUUGACCUUAACGUUUUUUGUAAAAAAAUUUCAGUGCAGUAGGUUUUUCCA